AAUAAAUACAUUUAUUGUAGUGAUAAAUAUAGUAUAUAUGAUUUAUUUACUACUUCACUUUUCAUUGAUUCUGGGAUUUUAUAUUUUUUAAGUUAUAACUCAAAUGUUUAGGUUAUUCCUCGGAACCUUGGUUAUAAUGUUCUGUUUAAGUACUUUCAGUUCAGUUAGAGUACAUCAUUGAAUAACUUAAUGUUUUACUUAAGUUUCUUAUUAUUUAUAUUGUGUGGGACAAACUAAUCCUACAAUAGAAUGUUGUUUAACGGAAAUUUGUCAUUAAGAUUUAAACCAACGGAAUUGCAAUAUUUUAACUGGUUGUACGGAGUAGCACCAUGUUUUCCUGUGAAAUCAUCGAAAAUUAAUAUUAUUACUGAUCCAAAAAAGUUUUACGACACUUUAAGUGAAAGAUUUAAAAACGCAACCCGUAGGAUUUCUAUUGCAAGUUUGUAUAUUGGCACAGGUGCCUUGGAAAGGAAACUUCUAAAAAUUACGAAAGAAAAUGUAGUAAAACAGGAACUGCGAUUUAAAGUUCUAUUAGAUUACCAUCGUGGUACCCGGGGAGAAGUGAAUUCUAAGACUUUAUUACAAGAAGUUAUAAAUUCUGUACCAGAACAAUGUAGUGUGUCAUUGUAUCAGACACCUAAAUUACAGACAAGCUGGUCCAAAGCUGUGCCUUCACGAUACAAUGAGUUGGUUGGGCUCCAGCAUAUGAAACUAUACAUAGCAGAUAAUAAAGUGCUAUUGAGUGGUGCUAAUUGUUCCAAUGACUACUUUCAACAACGUCAGGACCGUUACAUUGAAAUUGAGGAUGUUGAUCUGGCAAAUUUUUAUAGUGAACUCAUAGAUGAAGUGUGUAAAUUUAGUAAAAGAUGUGGUACAGAUGGCAAAAUAUGUCAUAGUCUGUAUUCAAAAGAAGAAAUUACGAAGGAAAUGAACAAGGGUAUUUUGAAUUUGAUUGACAAAUGGGUAACAAUACAAAAAGCGAAGGUUACUUCACAGAAGAAUUUAAGUGACACAUGGGUCUUCCCAUUAGUUCAAAUGGGGGAAUUCAAUAUAACUCAAGAUGAACAGGCAACACAAAGGAUACUUGCCUCCACACCCGAGGGUUCCUACAUACGCCUGGCGACAGGUUACUUUAAUCUCACAGAAGAAUAUGCGCAGAUAUUACUUCGUAAUUCUAAAUCAAAUAUAAGUUUAUUGAUGGCACAUCCAAAUGCUAAUGGCUUUCUUGGAGCAGCGGGUCCUGCAGGUGGCAUACCACAUGCAUAUUCUUUGAUAGCUAAAAAGUUCUGGCAGAGAGUGAUAGAUACUAACCAAGCAAGUAGAGUGUCCAUGUUGGAAUAUGAACGGCCUGGAUGGACAUUCCACGCGAAAGGUUUAUGGUAUUAUCCCCCUGGUAGUGGGGUACCGUGGGCAACAUUAGUUGGUUCCGCAAAUCUUGGAGAGCGCUCAGUGCGACGGGAUCUAGAAGCUCAGGCUAUUAUUAUUACUGAGUCAUCUGAUUUACAGGAGAAACUUCAUGAAGAGUGUACAAUGCUCCAUAAGUAUGCAUCAGAGUGUGGGAAAGAACUGCAACAUAGAGAGACGCCCCUCUGGGUUCGAGCUACCGUCGGUUUAUUUAGAACUUACUUUUGAACUUAGUAAGCAUCACAAUGUAUUUAUUUAGAUAAAAUAAAUUAUUUGUUAUAGAUUUAUUUACAUGUAUGAUAAGAAAUACAGAUAUGGAUUUAAAUAGAUGUCGUAAAUAUACUUUGCUUGUCAUAUUUUAGCUUUUAAUAAGUUUGGAAGGCUCCAUUUAUC